AUGGCCACAAUUGGGGAUUUCGACCCGCUCAACUCCACGGUACCUGCGACGAAAAUUGAACUUACAGUCUCGUGCAGGAACCUGCUGGACAUGGACACCUUCUCCAAAUCAGACCCUGUUGUGGUUUUGUACGUUCAAGGCAUCGGGACAAAGGAGUGGAGAGAGUUUGGCCGAACAGAAGUGAUCGAUAACACCCUGAACCCGGACUUUGUUCGGAAGUUUGUCCUGGAUUUCUUCUUCGAGGAGAAGCAGAAUCUUCGCUUUGAUGUGUACAAUGUGGACACCAGAAGUUCAAACAUUUCAAAACAUAAGGACUUCCUGGGCCAGAUGUUCUGCACUCUGGGGGAGAUCAUUGGGUCCACAGGCAGUCGGCUGGAGAGAACCCUGUCUGGGAUCCCAGGGAAGAAGUGUGGGAACAUCAUAUUCACCGCUGAGGAACUGAGUAACUGCAGGGACAUUGCCACUAUGCAGUUGUGUGCCAACAAGCUGGACAAAAAAGACUUCUUCGGCAAGUCAGACCCCUUCCUGGUCUUCUACCGCAGCAAUGAAGACGGAACGUUCACCAUCUGCCAUAAGACAGAGGUAAUAAAGAAUACUCUGAACCCUGUUUGGCAGCCCUUCACCAUCCCCGUACGAGCCCUCUGUAACGGAGACUAUGAUAGGACGGUCAAGGUGGAUGUGUAUGAUUGGGACCGAAAUGGAAGUCAUGACUUCAUUGGCGAGUUCACCACCAGCUACAGAGAAUUCUCCAGAGGCCAGAGCCAGUUCAACGUCUAUGAGGUUCUAAACCAUAAAAAGAAAGGCAAGAAGAAGAAAUACGUCAAUUCAGGGACAGUGACACUGCUGUCCUUCAAAGUGGAGUCAGAAUACACGUUUGUGGACUUCAUCCGAGGAGGGACGCAACUCAACUUCACAGUGGCCAUCGAUUUCACAGCGUCUAAUGGUAACCCAUCCCAGCCCACCUCUCUGCACUACAUGAGUCCCUACCAGAUGAAUGCCUACGCCAUGGCCCUGAAGGCUGUGGGGGAGAUCAUCCAGGACUACGACAGUGACAAGAUGUUCCCCGCCUACGGCUUUGGAGCCAAGCUGCCACCGGACGGCAAGAUCUCCCAUGCCUUCCCACUGAACUCCAACAGUGAGAACCCUAACUGUGUGGGGAUCGAGGGAGUGCUGGAGGCGUACUUCCAGAGUCUCCGCACCGUUCAGCUCUACGGACCCACCAACUUCGCUCCUGUCAUCAACCAGGUGGCACGGUGA